AUGGAUUAUAAGCAUUACUUUACUGUUCUUUUUGGCCAUGAAGGGCAGAAGCCACUGGAGCUCCGUUGUGAGGAUGAAGUUGAUGGAGACGAAUGGGUAAAAGCUAUUCACCAAGCUAGUUAUUCAGAUAUUCUGAUUGAAAGGGAGGUGUUAAUGCAGAAGUACAUUCAUCUCGUCCAGAUUGUAGAGACUGAAAAGAUUGCAGCCAAUCAGCUUCGACAUCAGCUUGAAGAUCAAGACACAGAAAUUGAAAGACUUAAAUCUGAGAUUGUAGCUCUCAAUAAAACAAAAGAAAGAAUGCGACCUUAUCAAGGCAACCAGGAAGAUGAGGAUCCAGAUAUUAAAAAAAUUAAAAAGGUCCAGAGCUUUAUGCGGGGCUGGUUAUGUAGAAGAAAAUGGAAAACUAUUGUCCAAGAUUAUAUUUGUUCUCCCCACGCAGAAAGCAUGAGAAAAAGGAAUCAGAUAGUUUUUAACAUGGUGGAGGCUGAAUCUGAGUAUGUGCAUCAACUUUAUGUUCUUGUGAACUGUUUUCUGCGGCCCUUAAGGAUGGCUGCAAGUUCAAAGAAGCCACCUAUCAGCCACGAUGAUGUUAGUAGCAUUUUCCUCAACAGUGAAACAAUCAUGUUUCUUCAUGAGAUAUUUCACCAAGGCUUAAAAGCAAGAAUAGCUAACUGGCCUACCUUAAUCCUAGCUGACUUAUUUGACAUUCUGCUGCCAAUGCUGAACAUAUAUCAAGAAUUUGUUCGGAAUCAUCAAUAUAGUCUACAAGUACUGGCAAACUGUAAACAAAACAGAGAUUUUGACAAACUCUUGAAGCAAUAUGAAGCCAACCCAGCAUGUGAGGGGCGAAUGCUGGAAACUUUCCUUACUUACCCCAUGUUUCAGAUUCCUAGAUAUAUUAUAACACUUCAUGAACUUCUGGCUCACACACCACAUGAACAUGUUGAGCGAAAAAGCCUUGAGUUUGCUAAAUCUAAACUAGAAGAACUUUCAAGGGUGAUGCAUGAUGAAGUGAGUGACACGGAAAACAUCCGGAAGAAUCUAGCUAUAGAAAGAACAAUAGUAGAAGGCUGUGAUAUAUUACUAGAUACCAGCCAAACUUUUAUACGCCAAGGUUCCCUUAUUCAAGUCCCUUCAGUUGAGAGGGGUAAACUUAGUAAAGUUCGUCUGGGAUCAUUAUCUUUGAAGAAAGAAGGAGAAAGGCAGUGCUUCUUAUUUACAAAACAUUUUUUAAUUUGUACGAGAAGUUCAGGAGGAAAACUGCAUCUUCUCAAGACAGGAGGUGUUCUGUCUUUAAUAGAGUGCACACUGAUCGAGGAGACAGACACGAACGAUGAUGAUUCUAAAGGUUCUGGACAGGUGUUUGGACAUCUUGAUUUCAAACUUGUAAUUGAACCUACAGAUGCUCCUCCGUUUACUGUUGUCCUUUUAGCCCCAUCAAGACAGGAGAAGGCUGCAUGGACAAGUGAUAUAAGUCAGUGCAUUGAUAAUAUAAGAUGCAAUGGUUUAAUGACCAUAGUGUUCGAAGAAAACUCUAAAGUCACAGUGCCACAUAUGAUCAAAUCUGAUGCUCGUCUUCAUAGGGAUGACAUUGAUAUCUGCUUCAGCAAAACACUGAAUUCCUGCAAAGUACCCCAAAUCCGUUAUGCAAGUGUUGAGCGCCUUUUGGAGCGGCUAACAGACUUGCGAUUUCUAAGUAUUGAUUUCCUGAAUACUUUCCUACAUACUUACCGCAUAUUUACUACUGCAGCUGUUGUACUGGAAAAACUUUCAGAUAUAUACAGACGACCCUUUACUUCCAUUCCCGUCAGGUCUUUGGAGUUAUUCUUUGCUACAAGUCAAAACAACAGAGGAGAGUACCUGGCUGAUGGGAAGUCACCACAUCUCUGUCGCAAGUUUUCCUCUCCGCCUCCAUUGUCACUCUCCAGAACUUCCUCACCUGUCAGAACCCGAAAACUGUCGUUGACCUCACCACUGAAUUCAAGGAUUGGUGCCCUUGACCUCUCUACUUCAUCUGUGGCAAGCAGUCCUACCUCGACCUACAGCCCAGCCACCUCCCCACCGCCAACGGGUAGCAAAGUACCACUGGACCUUAGCAAAGGGCCAUCCUCUCCUGAGCAAAGCCCUGGUUCCAUAGAGGACAGCUUGGAGAACCCUCGUGUUGACCUCUGUAAUAAGCUGAGGAGAAGCAUUCGAAGAGCAGCAGUUCUAGAAUCUGUGUCAGUGGACCGGACAAUUCCUGAAAGCACCUCAGCAGUGGAUACCACAGAACUUUCACCAUGCAGGUCCCCUUCGACACCACGUCAUCUCCGCUACCGUCAACCAGGAGUACAAAAUGCUGACAACAGCCACUGUUCGGUUUCUCCUGCUUCUGCUUUUGCUAUUGCUACAGCUGCAGCAGGGCACGGGAGUCCACCAGGAUUUAACAAUUCUGAACGCAUGUGCGACAAAGAGUUCAUAAUACGCAGAGCAGCCACGAAUCGCGUCCUAAAUGUCUUGCGCCACUGGGUCUCCAAGCAUUCUCAGGAUUUUGAGCUGAACAACGAGCUGAAAAUGAAUGUGUUAAAUUUGCUGGAAGAAGUUUUGAGAGACCCUGACCUUCUGCCGCAAGAAAGGAAAGCUACUGCAAAUAUACUGAGGGCUCUUUCUCAGGAUGAUCAAGAUGAUACCCAUUUAAAAAUAGAGGAUGUCAUUCAGAUGUCAGAUUGUCCAAAACCAGAGUGCUUUGAGACUUUAUCAGCCAUGGAGCUUGCAGAGCAAAUAACUCUUUUAGAUCACAUAGUUUUCCGAAGCAUACCCUAUGAAGAGUUUCUUGGGCAGGGCUGGAUGAAGGUGGAUAAAAAUGAGAGAACACCCUAUAUUAUGAAAACUAGUCAACAUUUUAAUGAUAUGAGUAACCUUGUUGCCUCCCAAAUCAUGAAUUACGCUGAUGUCAGCUCCCGGGCUAACUCAAUUGAAAAGUGGGUAGCAGUAGCUGAUAUUUGUCGAUGUAUGCACAAUUAUAAUGGUGUGUUAGAAAUCACGUCAGCCUUGAACAGAAGUGCAAUCUACAGACUUAAGAAAACUUGGGGUAAAGUAUCGAAACAGACAAAAGCUCUCAUGGACAAGCUUCAGAAGACUGUAUCAUCUGAAGGAAGAUUUAAAAACCUUAGAGAAACGCUGAAAAAUUGUAACCCACCUGCCGUUCCCUACCUUGGAAUGUACCUGACAGACCUGGCAUUUAUUGAAGAAGGAACACCAAACUUUACUGAGGAAGGCCUUGUCAAUUUUUCCAAAAUGAGAAUGAUCUCACAUAUUAUCAGGGAAAUACGCCAGUUCCAGCAGACCUCCUACCGCAUAGAGCAUCAGCAGAAGGUCACUCACUAUUUACUUGACAAGACACUCAUCAUAGAUGAUGAUACCUUGUAUGAACUUUCCCUAAAGAUUGAACCCAGACUCCCCGCCUGA